AUGGACGCCGAUAAUUUAACUAAACAGAUCGAAGAAGUGGAAGCGUUGAGUUCUAUAUACGGCAGCGAUUUCACAACAGAUUGUGAGCAUACGAGAUCAUACAGCAUCAGAGUUAGUGAUAACAAAAAUGAAGUUAUCUUAUAUGUUACUAUGACAGAAGGUUACCCAGGUCAAUCACCCCCGAAAUACGAGCUGUCGGCGCCUUGGAUGGACAGAAAGGCAAAAGAAAAUCUACAUUACUGUUUGGAUGAAAUAUAUUUAGAAUGUGUCGGUGAAACAGUCAUAUAUCAAUGGGUUGAAAAAAUAAGGGAAGUGUUACAAAAAAUUAAACCCGUAGAAGUUAAAAAGAAAGAAAAACCCAAACAUAUAGAGGAUACAUUGGAUUUAUCACAGUUAGACAUAAAAUGUCCUGAAAUAAUUCACGGCGAGGUGAUUGUCGAUAGGAAAAGCUCAUUUCAGGGACAUGCAGCUAAAGUUUACAGUAUAGAAGAUGUUAAUUUAGUAUUGACAAAAUUGAAGCAAAACAAGAAGAUACAGAACGCCACUCACAAUAUGUACGCGUAUAGGAUAGUGACGGACAAACUGACAGUACAAGACUGUGAUGAUGACGGUGAGGCUCACGCGGGAGGGAGGAUGCUGCAUCUCAUGAAUAUACUGGACCAGAGGAAUACAUUAGUGGUCGUGUCUAGAUGGUACGGCGGUAUUCAACUAGGUCCCGACAGAUUCAGACACAUCAACAACGCUACAAGACAAGUCAUACAACAAGCUGGUUUAUUGAAGAAAUAA